CACGUACACAACAUCAACUUUUUCGCUGGAUGUCAAGAACGCGCGCGUCGCAGAAGCCAGUCUUGCAUUUGCAGCUGAAAAAAUAGUGAUAACGCGAAAAUGGCUCGCUGUUUGCACAGUUUGCGAACCAUAUCGUAAGUGCGUGUGUGUUUCGUGAUCCCCGUACGCAGUAGCAGUAGCACCCACCACCACCACCGCCACUCUGUUAUCUAAUACUCUUGUGCCCGUGUGCUGCUGUUGCGUCGUGUCGCGUCCUGGUUCGCUGGUGGCACAACACAUAUCAGCACAUUCCAUCGAAAAAGAGAGUCGUCGGCUGUUGGUUCAGCAGCUGUCAGCCCGGACGAAGAUGGAAAGAAGGGCCCCGUGCGGAUGGUUCAGCACGGUGACGGCCCAGCUCAUCCAGCACGAGGACGUAAUCUGCAUACGCGCGACCUCACCCUCCAACCUCCGCUAGGGAGCCCCUCUACUUCAUUCGACCCUUUGCUUUACGGAUACAGGUGGUGGGAAGUUGUGGAGGACGGGUAGGGGAGGCAGUUUUCCGCGCGGGAACCAAGGAAUGGAGCACGGGAAAAGGAGGGUGGCUGUGUUGCUCUUGCCCAAUGCGCCAAAUGGCAAAUGACGUCGCAGCCGCAGGUUGACGAAACAAAAGUGCCCAAUUUUACUGCUAUUUGUCGCCCCAUGGGAGAGGGGGUCGAUAGUGGGUAAGCAAACAAAUCGUGUGUCAUAAAUCGGAUGUAUGUGCGUGUGUGUGCGUGUGCGUUUCGCUAGUGGAGAAAAGCAUUUUCUCCGGGAAGUGCGGCAAAAGUAGGCUGCGAUAAAAAAAACCCGUAAAACACAACAACACAUCAUAUUUCCUCCAAAGCAAAAGCUAAACCGUGCUGGUGUUCGCUCCGGCCCCCGAUGAGCGAACGAUGACGGAGUUUUGUGACGACGUUAUCAAGUUGUUCCCGCUGCGCGCGAUACCGGACGUGAUCAAGCUGUUCCGGCAGCAGCUGAACAAUCGCGAGGAGGAACCGGACCUGACGCUGCUGUCCAUCGUGACCGGGCUGAUCGAGCAUUCGCUCACGACCAAGGUGCUCGAGUCGACCGGCGCCGGCUCGUCCACCUCGCACAACAAUAACAACAACAACAACAACCAUGUCGAUGGAGGCAAGGGUGGGACGGCGGCGGCAGUCGGUGGUGAUACAGCCGGCGGGAACUUUCCCGUGAUCCGGUACGACACGGUCGAGGCACUGUACAAGCGGUUCAAGUCCGUGCUGGCCCCGAUCGAGAAGCUGCUGGUAAAGACGACCACUGAUUCGAAGUUCGCUAGCCGGGAAAUUAUCAAGAAGGUGUCGGACAUCAUCUGGAACUCGCUGCUGCGCAGCUCGUACAAGGACCGGGCGCACCUGCAGAGCCUGUACAGCUACCUGUGCGGCAACAAGCUGGACUGCUUCGGGGUGGCGUUUGCGGUGGUGGCGGGCUGCCAAAUGCUGGGCUACCGGGACGUCCAUCUGGCCAUCUCGGAGGACCACGUGUGGGUCGUGUUUGGCAAGACGGGCGACGAAACGAUCGAGGUAACGUGGCACGGCAAGGGCGCGGAGGACAAGCGGGGGCAGUCGGUGGCGCCCGGCAUCGAGUCGCAGACGUGGCUGUACGUGGCCGGCCAUCCGGUCGUGUGCAAUCGGUACAUGGAGGUGGCCGCGAUCGUGUCGGCGAUCAAUCCAUCGCUGACGGCGACCAGCGCUUGCCUGGAGGUGGCCGAUCUGCAGCAGCAGCUGCUGUGGCUGCUGUACGAUAUGGGCCACCUGAGGAAGUACCCGAUGGCGCUCGGUUGUCUGGGCGAGCUGGAGGAAGUGGAACCGACGGGCGGGCGGAAAAGCUGCGAGGAGCUGUACAAUGAGUCGGUCCGGUCGGCGCAGACGUACUACCGGAACCAUCACGUGUACCCGUACACGUACCAGGGCGGGUACUACUAUCGGAAGAACAUGUACCGGGAAGCGUUCGCGUCCUGGGCGGACAGCAGCGACGUGAUUCGACUGUACAACUACUCGCGCGACGAUGAGGAAAUAUACAAAGAGUUUCUCGACAUUGCCAAUGAGCUGAUCCCGCAGGUGAUGAAGCUGGAAAGCUCGGGCCAUUCGGCCAAAAGCAUACUGCGCGAUGCGUCCUGCUUCGCGAACCUGUUGCGCUUCUACGACGGCAUCUGCAAGUGGGAGGAGGGCAGCCAGACGCCCAUCCUGCACAUCGGCUGGGCGAAACCGCUGGUUGCUACGAUCGCCAAGUUCGAUCACGACAUUCGGUCGCAGGUGAUCAUCAAGUGUGCGGAUCAGGAACCGCAAGCCCAGCACCCAGCCCACGGGCAGGAAAAUGGGAGCAAAAAUGGUGCGGACGAUUCGCUGCACCAUCACAACAACAACAACAACAAUAACAUUGUGAAAGCGGACGCUAACGUGACGAAUGGUGGGCGCGGUGCGAAUGGGAGCAGCGGGGUGAAAGGAAACCCACUGCCGAAAUCGCUCGAAGCGUUGGUGGGCAAGUGCGGCGAGAAGCUGCUGAAUCCCGAGUUUCUUCUGCAAGGUGGUGGGCAACCGUUCACUACCGAGGAAAGCGCUCCGUCGUCGGAUGGUGAGGGGACGACGGUUUCGUCGACGGCAGUAGACACCACCACCGAGGUGAAGCCCGCAAGCAAUGGGAAGCGCGAGGAAGACGCGAUAAAGAAGCAGCAGGAAGGCGAGGAGCCGGAAAAGGGUGUAAAGCCCGAGAAGCAACGGGAGAAGGCCCAAGAACCCGAUGCGGAACCGAAGCGGCCCAUCAUUGUGCUGUACAGCCAGAAGAUGAAGGGGCUGAAGGAUCUGCUGCUGACGGAGAAGCUGAACACGAACGCGAUCUCGCUGCAAAUUACGGCCCAAAGCCAGGUGCAGGUAGGUGGGAAGAAGCUGCGCGGUUCGCAGGUAUCGCUCGGUGGCUCGAUCGGCGGUACCACCGGUGGCACGGUAACCGUAGGCGAUGGUAUCGAGGGCAAUACGCGACCGAAACGAGCACGUCGCGAGUAGAGGGAGGGAGAGCGAGAGAGCGACCUUUGGUCAGUAAGCAACACUUACAAUGUACGAGGGGUUUGUUUUGUUGCAGUUUAUUUAUGUUUUAAGGCAAUCUUUAAUUUAUUCAUCGCCUGUGUGUAUCUGGCGGCACCCCAGGAAAGCCGGCCAGGAAGGGAAGAAAAAUGGGCCAUUUUGCACCACUCCCUCCGCAUUGGCGUAGUAGUGGCGCGCACAUCCGUUUUAUGAUUCCUUUUUUUUACGUCAACGAAUACUUUAAUUUAAUUGCACCAGCCAUUCCAACACACAAAACGACCGCUUCUAGUCGGAACGCACGUUAGUUUUGAGCUACUCAUAAUUCCCGUUUUUUUUGUUUGACUAUUUUUAUUUUGGUUAACUUUAAUAUUAUCUGUUAUCUAUUAUUUUUGGAAGUAGUAAUUUGUGUAACUUUUCUUGUCAAAAACUGAAUCCUCCCUUUAUUUUAGCAUACAAUGCACAAUUUAUGUGAGUGUGUUAAUUAACACGAUAGAGCGACGAUCUUCAUCCUAUUACAUCCAGUAAAUGCUGUGUUGUUUAAAUUAUUUAAAACCCUUCUUCUUCGCACCUGAUGAUAAUAAUGCUGGCUCCUCUAUAGUAUUGCUUUUAUUGAAAAAAAAAAAUGUGAUUACUUUCUUUACUAAUCGACUAAUCGUUGUUGAAAUUACCCUUAUCCUGUGUGCCCUUGUACGGGCGAUCGCCACAUUCACAACAUCAAGUGUCGUGAUAAUAGGUGCUUCAAUGCCAGCGCCAACACGUCUUGACUAUCUAAAGUUUCAUUUAAAAUGUUUUCCAUUGUUGUGUUGCGUUCGGCAAAAAAGGACAUAGAAAGACGGGGACGGGGAGGAUGAAAUAUUCAUCUUCUUAUUUUAUUCUGGCUGAUAGUUUGUAGAACUAAGGUUAGAACCGAGUAUUAAGUUUUCCUUUGUCACACACUUGCAUGCUUAACUGCAAAAAUGGUGUCAAUGCCUAUGAGGCACGGCGUUAACUUAGUGGUAAUUUCUAUGGAUGAAGAUGGAUGAAGCAGGAGAGAAAGCAGAGAAGGAGCAGAUAGAGAGCAUUAACAAUCAAACAACUUUUGCCACUCGCUAUGCAAUAGAUCGUAAUCAAAAAUAUGUUUUGUAAAUAUUCCUAUAGUCUAUAGAAAGGACAGAAGAAAAAGGUGUGUUUUUGAAGGGACACAUAACUUAUUAUGCAUCAUAUCUGCUAGGGGGGUGGUCCACACACUGUUCUGUCACACAGGGACCGUGAUUGAUAUAAUAACCGUUCGGUGUGAAUGUUUGUUUAUUUGCCUGCGCGUGUUACUACUAUAUGUUUCGCUUUGUUUUUGGGGCUUGUUGUGUUGCUAAAUUGUAUACAAAAUCAAUCUUAAAGAUGAAAGCUUGCCCCCACUUCCUUAGGAAGUUGGGGGAGGGUUUUGUAGCGCGUUCAGUUGCGAGUAGUGUGUUGUGCUUCAUCGCAACAUCGAUCGAACGAACAAGACAGAGCGCGAUCGUGAAGCGUGUUGUUGCACGAGUAUUUGCUGUGGCAUUGUAAAACCUUAUUAAAAGGUGUGAGAAAAUAUUGGCAAAGCCAAAUAAAAAAAAAUAAGAAGAAACUUAUGAAGUGCGGUGCAUUAACAAUAUAAAACACUAUCUUGGUUUUUGGAGAUAUAAGAAGCGAAGCGGUCCACUGUGGAGCGAUAAGGAAGGGCUUAAUUAAGAGAGGGUUAUUAGAGGCCCACAAGCCCACACUAGCAGGAUAAUAGGAGAAUAGGUUUGAUUGAAUGUAGGCUAACAUUCAGAACCCAUUUUCUUAACGGUGUUGUUUUUUGCCGAUCUCUUAAUCAACACGAUUUAAAGGUAUUCCUUUACGUUAGGACUACGCGGUGCACAGCAUCACAGAUUGUGUGUGAGUGUGUGAAAGCAAUACCGUCGACCGGGAAGAUGGAGUAAUUUGCUAUUUGUAAUCUGCUAUUAUACUCUGCUGCUACUACAGAGCAGCGAUAACCAACAAACAACAAACAAUCGAAAAUUGAAAGUACAAACAUCACACUAUAAAACACCCAUUAGAGAUUAAACCCGUUUUUCAAACAAACAACAACACACACACACACACACACAAGACACUCGUUCUCUUCCUAUACCUCGUAGUGUGAAUGAGAAGCACAUGAUUGAUAACAAUUCCAAUUUAUUGUUCUGUGAGAACGCUAACAAAAUUAAUCAAUACGAACGGAAACAAAAGUAGCUAAAUUGUCUUCACUCAUCAUACAGAAGAAGAAAAACAAAACUGAAUCGUAACGUAAACAAAAUUGCUCCCAGUACCUUUACACAUGUUGGCGGGUAUGUUUAUUGUAACGCAAAAUUGGAUUUUUACUAAAUUUUUAGGAAAAAAAACACAUACAAAAUUAACGAAUCAGGAAUGGACACAGGACAAAAUUAUGGUACGAAUUACAGAAGAAGAAAACAAAAACCAUCAAUACCAAGGAGUGUGGUGUCGUCGUGCCCGUGGGAUAUUGGUCUGUGCAUUUGGAAGGACCACCUGUUGUUUCCCCGACACCACCGGCACUCAACUUUGAAGAAUGCCUUUUCUUCGGUUUGAUGGCUUAGAGGAGCGGGAAGUUUACUUUGUUGUAUGAGAACGGAAGCUAGUAUUAAGGAAAGGGGGUAGAAAACGAUCACGAUCAUGAUGCAGAAAAAGAAGAGCAUAUUCACACACACAAAAAAAAACGGUCAAAGUCAAAUAGGAAAUACCAAAAACUAUUGUGUAACAUCAUCAACAUCAUCACGCUGCGAUCGAUCGUACGUUGGGAAGAUACACAUACGAAUGAAAGUGAUGCGUUGCAGAAGCGAUACGGAACGGACUGAUGAAAAGUACAUUGUUUGUUUGUUUGUUUGUUUUUUUUUGUUUGAUAAGGUGUAUUUAUUGCAAACCUACAAAAGGAACGGAAACCGAGUAGAAUCUAUCACACAUGACUGAUGCGAACCUGAGCGCACGUGUAUUAGGGGCAGAUGGGUUGGGAGGGGGAGUGUUUGUAGCAUAGGUAGGCAGUAGUAGCCGGCAGGCAAAGCAUUAACCAGCUAACUAGCGGUGUAAUAGAGCGCAACAAAGUAGCAGUAACAAAUAGCUGUUAGAGUACGAACGAUGUAUAUCAGUCGGGGAACGAGGAACACGAUCGGCAAAGGCGGCAAACAAGGCGAAAAGUGAGCGUUUUUUACUGUUAAAAGAACGGAUCGAGAGAGGCUGUUGCUCUGAAGGUGAUGAAUGAUCAUCCUCAUCCUUCAGCCAAGAUUCCUUCACAUCCACUCGUUUUGGAAGCGAUUUUUGGUCACGAUUCGUUAUUUGCUUCGACCCCUUUCCCAUCCUCGAUAGUUGUUGAUUGUUUGUGUGGUGUCGAUGGUACAAUGUUGAAAUAGCUAGCAAAAAUAUUAUUAAGCGUUCCUUGUGGCAUUCGCAGGUGGGUGGAAAUUCGCCAUUAGCGCCAUAAGUUUUCGGUUCGAAACAAAAGAAGAUAAAUCAAACAUGUAGUUCCUUAACAAUGAUGCAUUAACGAUACGGAAAGGUUAACAACAGAAUAAUAGAAAUUACUACUACUACUGGUCAGCUGGCUGCAGCAAACGGAUAGGUAAAAUGUGUCUAUAAACCGAAACAGCACAUUAAACACACAAACACGGACUGUUUCAGUUACUAUCUGCAUGUGUGUAAAAUAGAACAGUAACAGCAUAAUCUACCAUGUAACAAAUGAACAAAUAGAUUAAUAUAUUGUUUUCCGAUCAAUGUAUGGGGUUCACGCAAUUUAAAUGCAAUUCACCAACAGCAACAACAAUACACAACAAUAUUCAUUAGCAGUUAAUAGGCAAAUGCAACCCCAUGCAGACACAAAUGAUAUAAAAAUAGAGCAUACAUAGAUGUAAAGAGUCAAACAAACAAGUACAGUAAUUGCACAACAAAAGAUGCCCCAAUAAGCAUGUAUUUCUUUUUCACACAUUCCGUUUAUAUAAAACACAGCAUUAUUAGCUCUGCUGUGCUGCAAAGCAACAAAUUUCACUAAAAUACUACAACGGCGGGACACACCAAGAAAAUACGCACAUGCCACAUAGAAAAGAGAGAGAAAGUGAACUCGCAAUUAUUAUUAUUAUUAUUACUGUGCCAUUUGUUUAAGAACUGUGCGUUGUGUGCAUUUUGUACGAUCCAAUGCGAUCCGCCAGCCACCAAUCAACCAGCAUCACACACACACACACAUUUGAAUCGAUUGAGCCAUUUUUAGCAUAACAAAUGCCAUGGUUUGGAGCAUUAAUUUGUAAUCAGCAUCAUCAUCACACAGUGCACGCAGCACACAUUCAUUAAUUUAAAUCAUAAAUUUGAAGUUUGUCAAAGUUAAUGUUGGGUAGAAGGGAAAAACACCUAUUAUGUACAAUGUUCCGUUGUUUAGUUCUUAGGGGGCGGCUCUUGCACCACGCGUGGAUGAAACAGCACUGACGAAAAAUGCAGUACAAUUAAUUAUUGUUCACUAACUAUAUGCACUGGUGGGAAACUUGUGUGCACUACAUCAGUUGAUCCUUCCUUGAAAUCAAUCUGAGCGGGAGCGGUGUGUGUUACUGCAGGUUUAAUAAAAGGGAAGUUAAUCUAUUAGAGGCUAGUUCCUGUUCGUUUCAAUAAUGUUCGUGUAGAGCAGCACUCUGAGUAGAAUCAGUACAAUAUGAAUUAUUAAGCAGACACACACACAGAAUAGUUGUUUUAAUUGUGGUUAUUGCGCGCUUUUGGGGGGUUUCGUUUUCUAAAUUAUUGGCUUGAGAUGCUGAGAGCUGGUGGGUGGUGGAGAAGGUCUCAGCUUUGUUUUAAAAUUAAGCGAGGGGGGUUUGUCACAAAUCAAUGUUUUUUGGCUAUAUUAGUUAACGUGUUUUUUGUUGUAAUGUGUUCCUUAUGAAAAGCAAAACUGCACACACACACAAUAUCUUGUUUCUCUUUAUGCAUGAAAUCAGGCCCUGGUUUCAUGCGUUCUAAAUUAUUUGUCAAAAGGCUGUAAAAGCCCUUCGAGGAGGAGGAGUAUGUACGAGGAAGCGCUUGAGGAGGAAAGCGGUUAAUUUUCGCCUGUAGAAAGGUCUGUGAUGGUGGUGAUAAUGAAAAGCAUUAUAUAGAAAGUAAUCGGUGUGUGUGCGUGUUUGUAAUUAGUGUAUGAAUGUACAGCUGUGUAGUUUUGUCAGAAGAGGGGGAUGAGAACAGAUCGACCGCGAUGAUCGUGCGAUCAUGUACGUACAGUUUACUCUGAAUAUAAGCCCCAAGAUAUGUAUCCUGUCCCAUUUACCCGAACAAAGUGAAAUAUUAUGGCAAGAAAAACUGAAAAAACAGUACAUUCAAAUGUAAACUCGAAUAAGAGAUAUCGAGAAAAUGUCAUAAUCAAUCAAUCAAAACGAUGGGCUGCAAAUGAAGUAAUAGAAAGGAGAAGAACAUAUGCAAACAACAGCAACAAAAAUGUGUCAUUAAAUGAAAUUGGCAGAGAAGAUAGCAAAAAAAAUAAACAAAUAGCACCGAUAAACAAUAAUGCAAAUCACAUAUAUGAAACAUUUAUAUAUUUUUGAGAUAAUAUUCAUAUACUUAUACAUUUAAAAUACAAACCCAACACACACAAUUUAAGAUGAACCAUUGAAAACACACACACACAAAAACACAAUAAGAGCAAAACAAUUGGUGAAACAAAAUCAAAAACACAAGGAUUGGCAUAAUUCAACACACCAUUUUCUCUAGCUUUUCUGUCAAAUUGUUCUCUUUUUAAACUCUUCGCUCUGCAAAUUUAAAAUCGAAAAAUCAAUUUCACUCUUGUUGCAGCAAA